UAGCUCGCACGACGGCUCCGUGCCGUGCCGGGCAGCAGCACGUAAACAGCUGAUGUGGUCGGGUUGGGCACGCACGUACCGAUGCCGGGCGGAUUGCAUAAACCCCAACCGCACACAAAACCGUUUAUCAAAAACCGGACAGCGAGUUGACAACAGCAGGUUGUUCGUCUGUUGUUCGUCUACUUCCCGCGUGACGUGCUGCGCCGAGGAUCAUGGGUUUCGGUGGCCAUUCUGGCGACUGAUCGACAAACCCGACGAUCGACCCCGGCAUGGGUAGCUCUCACACGGCAGGGGAAGGUGUGUUGUUACGAUGCCAACAUCGCGAUCGCGAGCCUCACGCAAAAAAAAAAAAAAUACACCACAUUUACAGCAGCUCUAAUGGUGGUAGUGGGCACCGAUCGUUCGACGCCGUUCGACAGUAGCAGCGGAACGUCGGGCGCGUCAGAGUCCGUUCGACAUUCGACCAGCGGUAGUCGUCGUCGCGACAGGUGUGCGUAUUUGUCGCUAGGUUCUGAUGUGCCGUUUGCAUUAAGAACCGGUCGGGCGGUCUUAUCAGUGGUGCUUGCGGUGGUGCUUGUGGGACUCGCUGGGGUGGCUGAAUGAUUAACACGCAGCAUAAACACACAAACCGGCACCCCGCAGCGCAACGCAACGCAGGGUUUGAAGUGAGUGGUGCGCUGUUCUAGAUUGGCUUGGCUGGCAACCAACCACUUGAAUCGAACAUAAUCACUUCUUGAGGUGUAGUGAAGCAUAGAAAAGCCUACAAAAAAACACAGUGUUAAAAGCGCGACCUCUCACUCGGCCCUACCGGUCCACAGCCACAGUGUCACGUGCAUUGAGCUAACGCGCAGCAGCAGCCGCCGCCGCAUUGGUGCCGCAGGGCAGGAGAAGUGCAGUGCGCAGCGCAGCAAAAUGCUGAUGGCACGCAGCUUUAUGGACCUGAUCUGGGACUACGCGGUGUUCGUGGUGUUUAUCAUCUUCUCCACCCUGUACCCUCUCUGGGGCCGGUUUUUCGGCAAAAAGGAGAAAACCAAGGCAGACUAUGUGUUCGGGCUCGGGACGAUCUCGAUGGGCGCGAUGAUGCUGUCGAUCGCCCGCGGCACGCUCGGUGUACGGUCGGUGCUGGGCUACCCGAGCGAGCUGUUCUACCGCGGGUCGGCCAUGUGGGAAACGCUGUACGGCAUGGUGACCGCCUACCCGCUAGUGUGCUUCAUCUUCAUCCCGGUGUACUUCAAUCUGGGCGUCACGUCCGUCUACCAGUAUCUGGAUCUGCGCUUCAACAGCCGGCUGGUGCGCUGUCUCGCGUCCGGUACGUACAUCGUGCGCUCGCUGCUGAACCUGGGCGUCACGGUGUACACGCCGACCGUGGCCAUGAACACGGUGAUUGGGAUUCCCUACUGGGCGUCACUGAUUGGCAUUUCGGCCAUCAGCAUUGGGUUCAAUCUGCUCGGCGGGCUGAAGGCGGCCAUCACGGCCGACGUCAUCCAGAGCGUGACGAUGAUCCUGAUCUCGGUGGGCAUUAUCAUCCAGUCGAUGGUGACGGUGGGCGGGUUCGGGGAGAUUUUCACCAUUCCAGCCAAUGAUGGUCGUUUGAGCUUUUUCAACUUUACCGGCGAUGCGACGGUGCGCGUCGAUACGACGUCCGCCUGGCUCGGGCAGCUGUUCAUGUCGCUGAGCAUCUUCGGCUGCCAGCAGAACUUUGUGCAGCGCUACCUGAGCAUGGGCACGUUCAAGGAGGUGCGGCGCACGCUGAUGAGCAACAUCCCGGUGGUGAUUGCGCUGUUCUGUCUCGCGUGGAUCGUCGGCAUGGGCGUGUACGCGGUGUACGCCGUGUGCGAUCCGAUGAAGGCCGGCUACACCAACAAGAUGGACGAGAUCCUGCCAUUCUUCGUGGAGGACAAGUUCGCCUACCUGCCCGGAGUGCUCGGUAUCUUCAUGGCUUCCCUGUUUAACGGGGCGCUCAGCCUGAACGUGUCCAACCUGAACUCGCUCGCCACGGUCACGUGGGAGGACUUCCUGUCGCAUCUGCCCCGGUACAAGGGCAUCAGCGACAAGCAGCAGCUGAACGUGAUCAAGUUCAUCGGCUCGAUCUACGGCGUGAUCGUGAUGGGCGUCGGCUUCUCGGUCGGGCUGCUGUCGGGCGUCAUCGAGAGCAGCAUGCUGAUGACGUCGGCCACCUCGGGCCCGCUGUUGGGGGUGUUUCUGCUCGCGAUGCUGGUCCCGAUCGCCAACUGGAAGGGAGCCGCCUGCGGCAUGAUCGUGUCGCACAUCCUCACGCUGUGGAUAACGUUCGGCAGCUUGACCGUGUCCAAGGAGGUGGUACUGCUACCGACCACUAUUGAGGGUUGCACAAAUGACACCUUCUCUUCGGGCAUCACAAAACCCACCAAAUCCUGGCUGCUGGCAAACACCCCGCUCGAGGUAGAGUCAGAGUUUCCCUACUUUGACACCACGACGCACGCGCCGCUCGAGCGGACGAUCGGUUUCCCGGAAAAUAUCUACUCCGUCUCGUACAUGUACUACAGCCUGAUCGGCACCUUCCUUACCGUGGCGGUCGGUGCGCUGGUGAGCGUGCUGACGUCACACGCGGACGAUGCGUACGACCGCAAGCUGCUGCACCCGGUCGCGUACUACUGCAGCAAGCUGUUCCCGGGCAAGGAGCGCCGGUACAUCUCCAAUCCCGACAUUCGACCGAAGGAUGUGGAGUCGGCCGACAGUGGCACCAAGAAGUCGCCCCUCGACGAGCUGGAGCGUGACAACCACGGGUUCGACACGGUCUCGGAGCAGUCCGGUGUGACGGUGGUCAGUGUGGAUCCGCUACCGCCCAAGCUGGACCGGCCCGAGGUGUACCGGAAGACGGCAGACCCCGAAGCUGAUCGCUGAUUUUCGCCCGAUCUCGCGGUCCAGCGGUCAACAUUAGGCUCCUCGCAAGCAUAGUAAUAUACACCUUUAAAGACUGUGAUAAACUCAGCGAAACUUAACGUUUACGUGCAGCCACCAUACUGUUAGGAUCAAUCUAACCACCACGGAGCGCGGGCGUUGCGUCUGUUUUGCGUUCCCGAAAAAUUGGGGAUUUGGAUUUGUUUGCUUUGUAUUUUUCUAGCCACUUUGCCACAAUAGUAUUCGACGUGUCCAUUUGUGUGUGAGUUUGCGUGAGAGUAGUACAAGAGAAAAUACAUGUAAAAGAAAGAGAGAGUGAGAAAGAGAGAGAGAGAGAGAGAGAGAGAGAGAGAGAGAAAGAGAGAGGCGAUAAGAGGGGUCUUUUUUCUCAGCAUGACGAGUAGCAAUUCAAUUUGAUCGGGUAGGAUCUAAUAGGCAACACACCUUGUUACUCUAAGCAGCGUAAGAUUAAGCAUCGUGCAUCUGCAGCGUUAAGGCGAACACUAGGGAAAAGGGUAUCAACUGGAACUUAUUCGUAUAUUUAAUUGUAAGAAAAGGCGUAUGAAGGCAGACUUUGUAUGAAAAAUGUAAAAAAUAAAUUAUGAGCUAUUAAUUAAACAAA